AUGGCCUGCGCCGCUUUCUCGGCCUCGCUCUCCUCCCCCUCGCUGUCUCGCAACCUCCUAGCCCCUUCCUCGUGGCUGACUCGUCACUCCGUCCAUCCUCUGCCCGCAUCCCGCCGCCAAAGUCUUCAACAGCCGCUCGCCAUGGCGGAUCCCCGGGAGGGAAAGCACGUCAACUCCAUGAACAGAUACAUGAGCAUCGGACCAUCUGAUGUCCGCGCAGUGCAAGAUCGAGCCGAUGGCGUGGCAACAUCGUUGGAGUGGAAGAGGACGAAGGAACAUCUCGAGCAGCUGCAGCUCGACAUUUCGAGACUGUCGGUCAUACACGUUGCGGGAACAAAAGGCAAGGGAUCGACAUGCAGCAUGGUCGAAUCCAUCUUGAGGUCCAAGGGCUACAGGACUGGCUUGUACACGUCGCCCCAUCUCAUUGACGUGCGCGAGAGAGUUCGAAUCAACGGGGACCCCCUCCCGCAUGCGGAGUUCUGCCGGUACUUCUGGGAAGUGCACGAUGCGCUCAAGAUGUUCUCCGACGACGAGCAGAACGAAAGUCAGAUGCCGGGAUACUUCAGGUUCCUCACGGUCCUCGCAUUCAAGAUUUUCCUGACUGAACCCAUCGAUGUUGCCAUCGUUGAAGUUGGUUUGGGUGGGCGGUUUGAUGCUACCAACAUUGUCGCUCCUGUAGCCUGCGGAAUAACAUCCCUGGGCUUUGAUCACACCAACGUGCUGGGAAACACGAUCGAAGAAAUUGCAUUUCAGAAAGCAGUGUCGCUGCCAGCGUUUGUUCUGGACCCCAAGCCUGACUCCUUUUUCCUCCCUCCUCUUCCUCCCUCCUCCUCGAAUGUUCGUGAGCUCAUUCCUACAGGGAUCCUCAAGCCAGGAGUGCUCAGCUUCACAUCUCCGCAACGGCCGAACGCCAUGAGGGUCCUGGAGCAGGAGGCGCAGAAGGUGGGAUGCCCUCUGCUGGAAGUUCCUCCCAUGUCCAAGUUUACUCGAGGGAAUGAGGCGAAUGCCCUGGACAUCGGGCUCAAGGGAGAAGUGCAGGACAUUAACGCCGGGCUGGCCGUUGCUCUUUCUAACGCGUGGCUGGCGAGGAACCAGGCGAAGCCUCCGCGAAGAGAGGAUCUCUUUGUCGUGUCCGAGGGUUUCAGGGAAGGGCUGAGGGGCGUGAGGAUGCUCGGAAGGUGUCAACGGCUCGUCUUCGCUCCUCGCUCGGGCCCCGUGUCGGGCAACGUCGAGGUCUCUUACUACCUGGACGGAGCUCACACGUUGGAGAGCGUCGAGUGUGGAGCGCACUGGUACGAGUCCAACGUGGGCUCUGCGCAGCGCAGCGACGUCCAACAAGCUGCCAACAUCCUCGUCUUCUACUGCAGCGGCGACCGCGACUACAAGUCGCUCCUCGAGCCCCUCAUCCAGCUCAACAAGCACCACCCCUUCUCCAAGGCUCUUACCCGUCCGCUCAGCCUGCAGGAGGGCUCACUGGGAGGUGAGGGCGUACUGGGACGAGCGCAAGUCACGUCCCUCGUCGACCGCAUCUCGUCCGAGGCGAACGACGAGUUUGGCCUCGCAGCGGACAGCAGCUGGGACCUGCGGGCCAACGGUGAUCAGCUCUUCGCCCAGCAGCAAAGGGGCGAGGCGAGCGGGUGCAGCGGCAGCGGGUUAGCAGGCAGGAGGAGGGAGUACAGCGUGUACAUCACCGGCUCGCUGCUGCUCUGCGGAGAUACGCUUGAGGAGCUGCUGAGCAGGACAAGUGACCCUGUACAGGCCAAGGAGUGGAUCCUCAAGUUCAGCCAGUAG